AGGGGUGGAGGAGGUUUUCGGGCAUUGUCCAUGGACACGGGCGCGCCGACCUAGUCGUCUUCCUGCCUUCUUAUUUUGUGCAAAAAGAAGGCAUUCGGUUCCCGAAAGGCCACCCGAGCGGGCGCACCUGAACACGCGCGCACACCGUGCGAGCAAGCGCAACGAGAAUCUCAUUCCCUCCUUAGACGGCUCCAGGAAAAGUGGGUCUGUCGGCACAAUGAAACAGAGUUCGGGAUCUCUGACGUUGACUCCGGUGCACCUGAAUGGCUACGACGCGGCGGCCCACCAACAGCCUACCACGGUGACGGCGAACAAGAGCCAAGAUGGCGACGACGACGAGUUCGCGCCCCACCCGCCCCCCAGGGAGCGUGCGGAGUCGGUGACGUCGCGAGGCAACUGGGGCAGCCGCUGGGAGUUCCUGCUCUCCUGCGUGGGCCUCUCCGUGGGCAUCGGCAACGUGUGGCGCUUCCCAUACCUCGCCUACCAGAAUGGAGGAGGCGCCUUCCUCAUCCCGUAUCUCAUCAUGCUUGCGUUGGCCGGCAAGCCCAUGUAUUUCCUGGAACUCGCCUUCGGACAGUUCUCCGGUCGGAGUCCGCUCACAAUCUGGGCCUGCGCGCCCAUCUGCAAAGGUGUCGGCUUCGCCAUGGUGUGCGUCUCCAUGGUGGUGGCGGUGUACUACAACGUCAUCAUGGCCUACACCAUCUACUACACUGCCUCCACGUUCCAGUCGCAGGUGCCGUGGGCUCGCUGCGACCCGCGGUGGGCCAACGACACUCCCUGCUUCGUGAGGUCGCAGAACACUUCGGAUGUUAACCUGAACCUGACAAAGCCUUCCAGCCAGGUCUACUGGGAGCGUUACGUGCUGGAGAUCAGCGACGGCCUCGAAGACCUGGGCGGUGUCAAGUGGGACCUGGCGCUGUGCCUGCUGCUCAGCUGGAUCAUCGUGGUCGCCUGCCUCGUGAAGGGCAUCAAGACCUCGGGCAAGGUGGUCUACUUCGCGGCCACCUUCCCCUACGUGAUCCUCAUCACGCUCAUGAUAACCGGCCUCUGCCAACCGGGCGCCAUCAACGGCGUGCUCUACUUCAUCACUCCCUCCUUCGAACGGCUGCUGGACAUUAAGGUGUGGCAGGCCGCAGCGGGACAGAUGUUCUUCUCGCUCAGCCUGUCCAUGGGUGGUCUCAUCAUGUACAGCAGCUACAACAAGUUCUCAAACAACGUGUUCAGGGAUGCCAUGAUAGUCAGCGUGCUCGACACGUUCACCAGCAUCAUAUCGGGAAUGGUCAUUUUCUCCGUCCUUGGAGCCAUGGCCCACGACCUGGGGAACGUCGAUGUGAAGGAUGUCGCGCAGGGAGGUCCAGGCCUGGCGUUCGUUGCGUAUCCAGAGGCACUGACGCGGUUACCGGUUCCACAACUGUGGUCCGUUCUGUUCUUCCUCAUGCUAUUCAUACUCGGUCUCGACUCGGAGUUCGCCAUCCUGGAGACAUUCGUGACCAGCAUUUGCGACCAGGCGCCGUACCUGCGAAAGCGCAAGUGGGCAUUCACCAUCGUCAUGGGCAUCGUUUGCUUUCUACUUGGCCUCCCGAUGGUUACUAGGGGCGGCCAGUAUAUAUUCGAGAUCGUGGACAGGUUUGGAGGCAGCACGACGCUAACUUUCAUCGGUCUUGUUGAAGUCAUCUCACUCAUUUAUAUAUAUGGAUAUUCUAGGUUCUCGGAUGACGUCUACUUUAUGCUGAACAGGCGUCUGGGAUGGUACUGGAAGGUGACGUGGACUGUCACUUCUCCACUUGUGCUCCUGAUCAUCUUCAUCUUCUCGAUGUUGGAUCAAAACGAACCCGUAAAGUACGGCGACUACGAGUACCCGCCCUGGGCCAUCGGCAUCGGCUGGGCCAUCACGUUGUUCGUCAUGUUGCAAAUACCUUUCUGGGCCAUCGUCGCCGUCUACAGGGCGCCUGGGAACACCCUGAUGCAGAAAAUGCGCCACGCCUGCCGACCGUCCAAACACUGGGGCCCGUCCGACGUGUCUCUCAAGGAGCAGUGGAAGGCCGCAACGGGACAGGCGGGACAGGCGCAGCCGGCCGUCAAGGUGGAGCUCAAGAAGUUCUCCCAGGCCGACGCCUGCUACACCGUGAACGGCGUCGAGAACAAGGCGUACGUCGUCACGGAACGGGACGCUCGCUGACCGCACGUUUCGGAGGCAGCCAGCGCAGCGCGUGUCGUGACGCCUGUGGCCUGACCGCCUUGCCUCUCCGGGUGAUACGCCGACGUCCAGAGUGUGUGCGUGUUUGCGGCGCGUGGGUGUGUGAGUGUGUGAGUGCGUACUUGCGUGUGUGCUGUGGGACUCGAAGGCGACAGCAACCAGUGGAAACUAGGUGCCCCACAACUGACCAUCUAUCUCGUCGUGUCAUCGAUGCCAUAAGUGCCUCGUGCGUGUACAGUUCUGUUCUCUUCCUGUACGUGAUUCGUGUGCCAGAGCUUUGUGUCGCUACGUGGCUACGUGGUCACGUGGCUCUUUAACCGGUUAUGAACAAGGGCUGUGCAAGUAGUCUUCUGGCGGCCGGGUCCGUAGUUCAGCGUUCGCAGAUCAGUUGUGAGCCCCAAUUGAAUGUGCUGAAUUAACUAGUGCAAUUAUUGGCCGAGAGAGAAAACCCGUGUGGCAGGCAACCAGCUCAGGAGGGGCACUGACCGCAGGAACACGAAAAGAAACGCAGACACAGUGCUUUCUCUAUCAUUGUUAUCGUUACCGCCAUUUACGCACUACUUUGCAGCCCUGAAUUCGCUACCCCAACUCAAUUCUUCAAGACCAAUAUCACGAGAACUGUCAGCGAGUAGCUCUGCGUAGCGCGGAGCAGUCUCGACCGCCACACUUGACACAUGGGGAAGUUAUGCACAAGUUUGGUUAUGUCGGUUGUGCCGCAAAAAAGGUGCGCAAAAAAUCGCGACAAACACGAACUUAGCAACGACACGUGCCGGAAGCGUGUGAGUGCAACAAAAUGCACGUUCCUUGUAAACAAGCAAAGCACCAGAGCGAGCACAUCUUCUUGGGAAAUCGUGGGUGUUACAGAUACCACUGUGUGUAUUCUUCGGUUGUGGGCGUUCCGCACUUCAUUAUGUGUGCGUCGAAGUGCUUUGAAAGAUGUGAGCGGUGAAUGUGCAAGAACGCCUGGGUUCUAUUUCAUUUGUCAACUUUCUCCUGCUCUAAUUCAACCGUGUAGACUCGAGAAAUAAGCUGCUUUUCCUGCGCUCGUACCUGGCCCCAGUAAAGUCGAAAACUCGAGGAGUUUCGAAAAAGUCCCUUCGAGAUUGCGAUGUUGGCGAUGGGAUGUUUCAACAUGUGGCGUUUCCGAGCGGCCCAGAGAAGUCUUAUUUUUAUGCUUCGUACCAAAAGAAAACAUGGUAUUGGCGUCACAGCAUCCUUUAUUUUCUGCGUUGCGAUGGACAUCAACUUGAAGCAGGACAGCAGUCUCAAUUAAACGUUAACUUCACUUUCAUGCGUCGGGUCUACUAAACAGAACGAUGCAAGAUAUUGGACCUUCUAGGCACAUUUAGUUCCAUGUUUGAACCACUUUUCACUGCAGAUUGCGUGGUAUAAGGCAAGCCAUUCUCGGUUACGACUUACGCAAUGGAGGAAACGUUUGUUGUGGCCAGAAGACUGUAGUCUACACUGUACACGUUGUUCCUCUGUUACCUACUUUCGCAGUAAGCGCUUAAGAGAGGAAAAUUGGACAACACGAACGCCGUAUUCGUGUUCUCCGAACGCCGUGUUCGCGUUGUCCACUUCUCUUGUGUCCUGUCUGCACGCCUUACCUUUUUGCAUAAUGAUAAAGGCGAAGCAUGAGCGCAAUGUGUCCUGGCGGCACCUAUAGGAUGUCAUGCUUGCUAGUGUUCGCAGUUGAAAGAAGUACGGGAAGCCAAUACGUGAGCGCUGUCAACUGACAUAUGCAAAUUGUGGCUCAUGGGUGUCCGCACAGUUACAAUUGUCGCGCAGCUGAAUUCGCCAAAGCUUUUCACUAGCUUGUAAUUGGCCGCCGUCCUCCGCUAAUAAUAUUAGCGAUAUCACAAUUGGCUCGCACCAGCUCUUGUGAUUAGCUGCGGCCUAAGAAAAGUUUUGAAAAUACGGCCGGUGGGCGAUAUCGUUGCUCGCCCGAGUGGCGCAAAGUUUUCAUUGCACCCGUAUUCGUCGAAAAGACGGAACUUUCAACACGUUCUCACACGCGGAAAUUUCCGAAACUGCUUCCGUUACGAAGACGCAAAAAAAAAAGAAAAUAGAAAGCGAGGCGUAGUUGCAGUGAUAGUUCACUUGUGCAACAAAUGUUGUUUGAUUUCAUAAAGCUCUAAAAUAUUCGAGACUCCCGGAAUCUGCGUUUCCUACGUCUGCGUAAGUAAUGGAGGUUCCUAUUAAGCAAUAGGAGCAAUGCCGCACUGCAGCAAAACGACUUGAGCUGAUGUUUCCUGCUUCAUGUGUGAUAAUUGAGGCGGAUAAUGGUAACGAAGAUGUGACCUAGAAAAAGAUGACGAAAUUGGGCUACGGUUUUCUUUUGCGCUUUCAGAGAAAAAUUAUGUUGCAAUGGCGGAUACGGAUCGCAGGGUCAGCGCCACGUUGCUCUGUCUGGAGUCUCACGGUUCGAGCGCUUACAGUCAUGCGUGCUGAGCGCCUGCAUGUUUUGCUCUUCAUUGCUUUCACUGUCCACACUUUAAUGACUGCAUGACUGCGGUCAACUUACAAUGGCUGCGUGAACUCUUUUUCCUCAGUGUUUUCGCUCAUCACGUGUUCGGCGUCUUACCUUUUUGAUUGGACCUCAAGUGCAUGCAACCUUCACUGACUCCUUUCUAUAGCUCAGGGUUUUUGGUAGUCAAUGAUUCGGCGCAUAGAGGGAUUCGCGAAGCUUGAGCAUCAUGGCUGGCAGCUUUUCCUUUUUUUUACGUACUGGGGAUUUUCGCCACUUCGUUUAGUGCAAGAGCGCACAUGUCUACAUCACCGGCGGAUUGCACAUUUGGCUGACUUUAGGUCAACGUGAAUACACCAUUACAAGCACUUUAGAAAAUAUAAACUGCUAGGAAUGUGCGAAUCUUACUAGUUGUGUACAGGGAUCGACUAAAGGAUCUAAAGAACAUCAAUUCAAUUGCGCAAUUUUGUAUGCAUAUUCGUUUUCAUAUACAUAAGAUUACGGGCCUGUACAAACGGGAUUAUGACGAAUUAUUGCAUCCCGCCUUUGAUGCAAAAAUGUCCAUGCAGGUGAUGCAUCUGAUGCUUCAGGUGUUUGUUUUACGACAACCAAAAACAUGUCACGAACUUUUAUUUUUCGCUGACAUGCGAGUUGCCUGUUUAAGACUAGCGAAUGGCGUCACCUGCAUCGCAGGCAAUAAAAGCGAGUCGUACUUUUCCUUUGCAAUUUCAAAAUUCAUAUAUUUUCUGCAUUAUUAUGCAAACAAGUAUGCUAUACACGAUUAGAUAUUCAUAUUAUUUUUUUUUCCAGUCUCGCAUACGCGCAUUCGCUUUAAUUCGAAAUUUUUCUUAAUUCGAACACCUCUAGUAGCGAUCUAGGGAGCAUGAAGUUAAGGUUGCGUGCAUUUGAGAUUGUGCAUUGGAUGACUGGCCAGCUGAAGGUCACUACUAGUGAUUAAGCAAUGCAGUUAAUUCAUUUUUUCACCCUCCAUGGUUCAAAUGUAAACACAUUUCGGUUUUGUUUUGUGCGUGUGGUGUCUUGAAGUGCCUGAAAGCAUUGAUGAGAAAGGACAGUACCUUUCCAUCAUAUUGAAGUAGUACUUCUUUUUGCAUAACUUACACAAGAAGAGCUCGAGAAAACGUUACAAACAUAAAAAGUAGUUAUCGCACGUGUGUAACGGUAAAAAGUAAGUCACUCUUGAUCACGUGAGCGUAACGCUGAAACAGGGUCAGGUCAUUACAAACACCAUGGGGUUGUUGUUGUACAUACCAAUAAAAAAGAGACACCAAAAAGAAAUAAUAGAUCAGAAGAACCUGGUAAGAUUGUCUUUCGGUGCUUUUGUACCAUUCUCGGUAGUUAAAACAUAUUUCAAUAUUACUGUUAAAACUGGAUCUAACGAAACCCGAUUUUACGAAGUUCCCAAUGGAACGAAAAAAUUUCCAUUCUCACGUACCCAUAGGGUUCGUAGGUACCCAUAGGCAGGUACCCAUAGGGUUCGAUGUUGUCAUCAACCCGAAUUACCUACACCAACUUGUCUGAACUGGAUUUAACGAAGUCUUUCCAGAAAUAAGGGAGCAAAAAAAAAGCGGUGAUUCCUUUCUAAUGAUAGCUCUAGAGCUAUCACGCUAAAUCAUCUAGGCGCCAUGGUCAUGGGCCUAGCUUUAGUCUGACGAGGCUGUAGGCCACACACAUGCGCGGAACAGCGGACUCCACACAGUCUCGGUAUGGGCGGCGGUGGUUGCUUUCGCUAUUUCAGGGUUUAUGCGACAGAUGGCUGGAUACGGGGCAAAUACGAUGCCGCGGUAGCUUUUUCGUGUCACUAAGUUACAAUUUUAGAUUCCGAAAGACCGCAAAAUUCCUUUCCCGAUUUUACGAACUUCCCUGUUUAACAAUAUAAUUCGAGCACGGUCAUCACUUCGUUAAACCGAGUUUCAACUGUAUUUCAAUAAGGUAGGCCGAAGUUCGCUUUUUGAAUUUCCUGCAGAAUCCAUGACGCCGAUGACGUCACUGGAGGCAUAGCGGGCUUUGACGUGCUAUGGCACAAUUCGGCCAUUUUCGCGCAGAAUAAAGGAAAUUCCCCAUAACACGCCAUGUUUAGUUUUUGCGCACAUUCGAAUACGGUGCAGGGUUCUCGCAAACAUUUUCAACACACAACGAGCGGCGAGCAGACUGCACCAUAAUUUAUGACGUCAGGCGUUGCUGGUGUGGAAAUUGAACGCUAGCAUCACCUCUCGCCUUCCUCUUCGAGAUCCCUUCUGGAUUUAUUAAGCCUUCUCUUAUGGUGGCUUCAUUUAUGUGGCAUUGCAGAAAAUGAAUGUACCAAUUGAGCUUAAUUUAUUAUUUCAUAUUGGCGUCUCUUUUGUACACAAUUUACCAGCUCUCGUACACUAUGCUUUGAAACAUAGCGACGUAAGUUAGAACAUUUAAUGUUGCUGUCUGUGUUAGAUAAGAGUACUUGAAUUCAACACUCUGAUACUUAGGUAAGUGUGAUUUCGUGAACAAUCUUUGAAUGCGGCUUGUGAGAGUUUGCUAAACAAAAGCCACAAUGGUCGCAGUCCAAGCUUCAUUCGAAUCCAGGAAUGCUUGCUCAACGCUCUUAGUGUUCUUAAUGUUCUCAGUGUGCAAUCAUCGUCGGUUGAUAACCCGUUGACUUGUAUAUCUUUUCUCGCGUUUGCACUACAUAAUCGAGAUGGCGAAGUCCUCAGUGCAGAAUGUAUACUUCACGUAAUAGUGCUGCUUGCGCUUAAUGUUUAAGAGUGAAGCUUGGACUGUCGCCAUUCCCUUAAGAGACCACGUAACUCAAGUUCACCUGUGAUAUCUUGUACAGAAGUAUCGGCAGACAGGCGCAUACGUUCGACUGUGCGAAAAUGUCCUCUUUUGUAGUGACGCAGACAUGUAUUGAUAUUUUUUUAUAUGAUUAAAUCCUAGAAACUUGCUAUAGACAGAACAAUAGUUGAAUCCAAACGAUGUUAUUUGAAGCCGAGUUUUGUUUAUCUGUGGGAUCACAUAUAUUCGCCAUUCUGCACCAAGCAACGUAGUGGUAGUGAAUCAACUUGUGACGUAUGCAAUGGUUGCACAUGUACUUAUGCGGAGAUUGACAUCAAUGUUUACGGGUGGCGUUUUAUUGUGUGGCCCCAAUGUGCACACUUGCGUCUAUUGCAAGGAAGAAAUAAAGAAAAAAAAUAUGUCGAAACUAA